GACAGACAUGUCACUUUACAAGUCACUUCACAGUCAUGAUGCGAGGUAGCUCAUCAUUUUCCAGUGAGAUUAUUCACUAAAUACCAGCUUUUUGAAAAUAUUUCUACAAACUUCAGAAAUGAUCCGAAUCAACAACACCCAAUACUUCCACUUCCUGCAGCAAGCAGAUGCCUUACGACGCUCAGGGUCACUCUGCGAUGCCAUCAUCUCUGUAAAGAGUCAAACUUUCAGGGCUCAUCGGCUAGUACUAGCUUGCGCUAGCAGAAGACUAGCACAGCAGCUGGCCCAGGUAGACAUAGACAGCCCAGUCCACUGCACUCUGGAGUAUUUCUCACCACGCACCUUCCAACAAGUUCUGGACUUCACCUACACACAGACUCUUGACGUGUCUGUGGAUGACCUGCACUUGCUGCUGAAAGCUGCUCAGCUGUUAGAGAUGCAGCAGCUGGAGGACCAGUGCCGUAAGCAGCUGGGAAAUCUCGACUACAGAGCCAGAGAGGGUGAAAAAAGAAGAGAAAGCCCAUGUGUCAAAGAAGAAGAAAAGGAAAGUGCAGAGGAGAACGAUCAAAAGGAAGAAGGGAGUCCGGUUCGAGAGGAGAGACUACAAGUGACUUCUUCCCCAGGGGAGGAGGCAAGCGAUUGCAUUGUCCUGGAAAACCUCUCACCCUCUGAUCCAAACAAGAACCCCAACAGCCUGCCAUCCCCAAGAAAGAUGCCCAAACUCUCCCCUGUGUCAGCAACGUCCUAUAACAGAGACAGUGUAAUCACCCGGCCUGCUGGCAGCAGUUCCUCUUACUCUUCCCCCUGGACUUUCCCUACAAACAUGUGGAGCUCCGUGACCACCCUGAGGCGGAUAGCAGAGAACUAUCCAAGCUUAAUUGCAGCUCACCCCAUUCAGACCCCAAACCAGUCCACUGUAGCGUACCCAUUCUCCCUCUCCAACCCCCACAUGUUCCCCUUACUCGGCUCUCAUUUUCACACCCCUGUUCGAAGCUCUAUAAUGGGUUCAGGCUUUUAUCCAUAUUAUACCCAAAACCUUUGCGCUGGGUCGACAGGUAUGGGGAGCAUAAUCAAGCAAGGCCUGUUGAAAAGGAAAAAAACCAGCCAGAGCGCAUUUACUGGGCCCGUUCAAGCCAGUGAGCUGAGUAACCAUGAGGUACCCAAAACCAUCAGAGAGAGAGUUAAAGACUGCCAACACUGCAGUACAAGCCUCCGUGGUGCUCCAGUGCUGCUGGAGUCAGCCUCCACACCACCAGGUGAGGCCUGUGCAGGGUGUCAGUUCUGUGGAAGAGGAGGUGUGUUGCAGCAUGAACCACAAUCCGAUCAACAAGAACACAGAGGAGAAAAACCGUACCAGUGCCAACACUGUCCCAAGAAGUUUAGUUUGAAACAUCAACUGGAUACACACCACCGAGUUCACACCGGAGAGAAACCCUUUGAGUGUCGUCUCUGUGGUCAGCGCUCACGAGACUACUCAGCCAUGAUCAAGCACCUGCGGACUCACGGAGGGGCCACGCCUUACCAGUGCACAGUGUGCCUGGAGUUCUGCAAUAGCCUGGUCGCCAUGCAGAGACACGUCAAGAGCCACGCAGUGCAGGACUUCCCUCCCGAUUGGAGCAUCAACAGCACCUACCUGUACAACUCACACAUCUGAGGUUCACAACACUGUCUACACAAAGCUCCUAUUUAGUUUGUGCCUUUUAUAUACCAUCAUAACAUUUGAAGUUAAGCAUUUGUUUUUCAGCGGGAUACAUCCCAGGUGAUGUUCGAAAAACCAAGAAUGUCCUUUAACAACACUUACCACUGUUUUAAAGUUAUAAUCAUAUACAAAAGACGCACAAACUUGGGCUAUCACAGGUGUUGCAAUGACUUCUAUACAAACUGAAACUGCGCCGUGUUCCCAUUCACAACUAUAGAACAGAGAUAAGCUGCACUUAUUUCCAAUGUAAUGUCAAAUAUACCAUUUCACAUAAGGUCAUGUACGAGCAUUAAGGCCACAUCAACAGUUCCUCCUCAUGAAAUGACGCAGACACCUUCCCUCUUACUUUCAGAAUUAUUGGACUGCUAGUGUAAACUUUGUAAGUUUGAUUAAGGUAUAAAGCGCCCUCAUGAGGGCAACCACGGAAACAAUCAGUCUUUGUUCUGUAAUAGUGCUCACAAAUGCCUCACCAUGUUAAGAUGGGACAAGUGGCUGAGAUAUUAUGUUUGGGGCCGGAAAAAAGAAGGUUUUUACUAAGUGCUACAACAUAUAAACAGUGAACAUUAAAUGAUUCAGAUUUAGACAGAAUCAGUAUGAAACAAAUCCUAUAUCUAUACUUACUAUGAUGCAUUACUACUUCAAUUAAAAUUUAAAUCCAUCCAUUUCUCUCUUUAAAACAGUGACAUUGUACUGAUCCUGUGUUAUUUUACUCAGAGAAAAGCAGAAAGAGAAGGGUCAAAGAGUUUCUCCAGUUUCAGUCAACACAACCUUGAGACUUGGCACGGUUUGUGAGACAAAAAUCAGCCAAAAACCAUAUAUGGUAACAUUCAAACAUUUAAGGAGGGCUGUAUUUAUGCAACAUUGACAAUAAAGAAUGCCAAGGGCGACUAUAACUGUCACUGGACACCUCAUUAAACUGCUUUGCUUCAUUGAGAUAAGAAUAGCUGAGCUCAUGCAGGAAGUUAUGUCUGUCAAGCUAGUUACAAACGUUCCGCUUUGGCUAUUUAUUUAUUUUUCUUCAUUAGAUUUGUGGCGUUGUCAGUCACUGUUGCAGGGCUGCCUUGCUCACGUGUUGCAGUUUGAAAGUAUGGAUAAAGUGAGUAAAUAUCAAGUUGUAUUUACCAUACCUCUCUAAAAGCACCACACAAGUUAAAUGACUGUGAAUUAUGCCAAAUGUCCUCAUAUACAGUAUGUAUGCAGUGUGUAAACAUGCAUAUUGCUUCAUAGAGGGAUGCAGAUGUUGAUGUAGAUAUUGAUAGAGAUGUUGUUGAUUUGGAAUGUGUUAUCUCAAUGUGAAAAAAAAGUGUUCUCAUCAGUCUCAUUUUUCAUUUAUAGGGUUAAACGGAUCUAUUUUAGGUCUGGACUGACUUUUUUUCUGAUUGCUGUGUUUUUUACCCUUCUUCCUAACCUCAUCCCCCUCACCCUAGCCUAUCGGCCACAUUUCUCCACUUACACUUCAUCCCCUUGUCAGAUGAGUUAGUAUUUAAGUCCUGGUUCUCAGUUCAGUCCGUGUUGGAUCCUUGGUUUGUUUCUGUGAUGUUCAGUUUUGCAAACUGUAAAU